GUCGAGCUGUUAUUUUUUCACAAAUCAUCCAUCCGAGUCCUGGUUACUGGAAUACUGGGUCAAGGCAUGGCUGUGUUGGCCAAGCAGUACCAAAAUAUUGAAUGUACGGUUCGUUAGUGGAACGACGUUACGUAAACCAUUGGCAUUGUAGCGCUAGACAAGUCUCAAGUUAGUUUGUUCAUUAGAUCUACCGAGCCACAUUUUCAACAGGCAAGCAGCAUCUAGCUCUUUACGCCUGUCCGACGAAUAAUUUUUGAAGUCAUUGUCUGUUAUAGCUUUACUAGAAAAGCGUGGAUCUACUGUCACUUAGUGUCACUUAGUUAGGGUCUUACAUGGGCCUUGGAGACCUUCAAAGUCCAUAAUCCAGGAGUUCAAUUUUAGGACGAAUGAGGUACUGGCAAUAACCAGAUAACUACAUAGCUCAUCUCGUCACGUCUCUGCGAGCGCGCGGUCAGGCCAGUGUGCGUUUGCCAAGUACUAGAAGUUGUCGCGAUGGAGCAACGUCAUCGCAUAGCUCUGCAGAGGAAUCACGUUACGCUGAAGACAUCCUUGCACCCGCAAGGACACGUGCUUGAUUCCCUGUAUGCUGACAGGAUAAUUCAGAGGUACGACAAGCAGCACGUUCUCGUUGACAAGAGCGGCACUGAAAGAGACUCACCCAGCCAGGCUGAGGAGCUUUUGAAGUACCUUCCUACGCUAGGCUCCAAUGCGUUUGAAGCCUUCUUGAAAGCUCUGAGGGAUUCUGAACUUGAUGUGCAUCUCCAGUUGGUAAAAAAGCUUGAAGCGUCUGUGGCAGAUGUAGAGAGGGAGGAAGAGAACUUGGCCAAGGAGAAGGCAAAUGAGAAUGUGGGCAAGCGUCGUAUACACAGCGAUGUCACGGCUGCCUACUCAAGUGGAACUCACAUCACCGCCCAACAGGAGCGCCACACAGGGCACUAUUCCGAUGUCCAUUUCUCUGGUGGCAAGAAACAACAGGGACAUUUGCCCGUUGGACAUGCGGUAGCUAUGUUUCAACCGCUCCGCAUUCAAGCACAGCCUCUGUUGAACGGUGUGACUCUAGAAGAACAGGUCAUGCCAUCAAAUGGCGGUGUCCCAGUCCUGGAACUCUCUGGACCUCAUCCACCGAUGGUACAUCCACAAUAUGGCUACACCGCUGAAACGCCGCGUCCGACUUCAUCUACUCUAUCGUCAGUCAGCAAUGCUUCCAUCUCCAGUCACGAUAGUUCUUUGCACUCCAGUGGCCUACUUGCUGGCAAUCAUGAUCCCAGUUCAGCUGUAAUGAUGGAGUCUGGAGUGAGUGCAGCUCCUCAGUACCAGGAGCAAGGUAGCAACAGCUCUCGCUACUCUAGUGGUAGUGUUGAAGAGUAUCAAGGUACUGCAGCACAGUCAAGUAUCACGGACAUGAUAGUGACUAGUGAUGGAUGUUCAGUUUCUGGACCCCUGGGAGCUGGGAGUGAUUUGGGGGCACUAAAUGACAUCAUUCCUGUUCGUGAGGAAGCCAACUGGCCUCUGCAAGCAGCUGUGCAUCACGCAGAUCAUGUUCCACAGCUGACACCAUCAUUGGUUGGUAACCCAUGUCAGACAGAGGAAUUCUCUCCACAACAGGCAACACAAGAACACCAUGUAAUUGCCCAACAGUCCGGUCAACAACCAACGGGGGAAUUGCUACAACCGCUGUAUGCAGCCAACACAAUGGCACCACCUCAGCAGUCUCAAUCCAGUCUGUAUCCGGCGGCACAAAACGUUCCGGUUGAGCACAACACAGUGCCAGCAUUGCAGCCUUCACAGCCUCCGAAAGCAACCCAGUAUCUGCAGCACGAUCCACAGCACCAAGUGACACAGCAGUUUCCAGCUCAGGCAGGACCAUCACAGCUAGGACAUGCCAAUACCUAUCAGAUACCAGUUCCAAGUCAGCAAGUGGUGUUGCCUAGCCAAGGACAACUUCAUCCAAGCAGCAAUCUUCCUGUGAGGCAUUCUCAACCUCAUCAGCUGCAAAAUCCUGUCAAUCCAGCUGCACCGGAAAAGGGUGCUGCUGGUGCAAGCCAGCCGUACGCUUACACAAAGUCUUUUGUUCAUCAUCGUUUUGAGGCUCAAGGAUUUCAAGCUAGUGCCCACUCCCCAUCACAGAAACGUGCAUUAUCCGAGCAGCAUCAUCAUACCCCAGCUUCUCACCAUCAUCAUACUCCAGUCUCUCAGCAGCACCAUCAUACCGUCCCUGUCUCUCAGCAAUCAUACCCGUCUCAGAGUGUUCAGGCUCAGAUUGUGCCUUCACAUGAACAGCCACUCCAGCUAAGCCCGGCAAGGCAGCAAGGAUUGGGGUAUCCUCAGCAACAUGCUCACAACCAAUAUACAGUUGACUCUCAAUUACAGCAUAAACACUCAACAUCUCCUUUUAUUGAACCCCAGCAACAAUCACAGUAUCAGCAGCAACAGAAUCAAAUACAACCACAUCUACAACACCAAGUGCAGCACCAGCAGCAAAUGCAACAGCACCAAUUGCAACAGCACCAGCAGCACCAAUCGCAACAGCACCAGCAGCAACAAAUGCAACAGCACCAGCAGCAACAAAAGCAUUACAAUCAUCAUCAGCAGCAGCAACAGCAACAACAACAACAACAACAACAACAACAUGUUCAGGUGCCGCAACAUCUAUAUCAGCAAUCACAGCAAUCCACUUACCAUCAGAAUGGCUACUCACUUGCCCUACAGCAGCAGCAGCAACAGCAUUCCCAUCAAGGCCUGGAUGUAAAUCCAGAAUCUCAGGACUAUCCAAUCCGGAAUGAAGCACCUGCGCAUCAACAUUUACCAGCUAAGACCCACACAUAUUAUGAGUAUAGUCCUACUCAACCACCUCCUGUGGGUGGUUUUCAGCAGCAACAUCUAGUUGAGAGCCAGACCACAUCCAUGAAACAUUACCGAUACCAGGAAAAGGAUUCCUUUCCCCCUCCGGUCUCACCAAAUUCACAGCAGCAGCUUGUUCCAAGUCACCUACAACCCCAAGCUCUGCAGCCACUUCAGCAGCAGGCAGCGGUUCACACCAAUGGAGAAUCUCUCACUGCUGGCCACUGCACCUGUGUGUCAUGUUCCUCGACUCUGCGCGUACAGCAUUCACACCACUCGCACCGCCAUCGCGAGUCAGAUGAGGAUGGGGAAGAGCUGCAUCUUUGUCUGAAGAUCAGCAGCAUAUCAAGUGGCCAGAGAAGGAUAGCUUUAGCACAUAGCCCUGACCGAGAGCGCUCGGAAAAUCAUGACUCCACCCAUCAAGGUCACUCUUGUUGCAGCUCCAACGCAACGGUGCAUGUGAAUCCAGGAGGUGCACAAGCACCCGCGGCACAAGAUGGAACUUCUGCUACUAGUGGUGCCGGUGUGAAUGCUAGCUCUGUGGACCUCCCAACGGUUGGGACAGUGUCCUCAUCCAUGCCCGGCCCUGCAGCUGGAGGAGAAACCCAGUACCUGUCCAGACCUGCUGCAGAUUGGAAUCCGCCCAGUGGUGCAACUGCUUCAACGCCUGUUGAUCCACAUCCAAGGCAAAGUUCAGACACCCAAAGCCCAGUUACUCGUCUUCGCUGGUGCUGUGUGCGGGGCAGCAUCUUCUCCCAGAAGUUGGCCUUGAACGAGAAUAAGCUGCGACUGAGCAUGCACAAGCAAGGUUUCUGGGUGAAAAACUUCACCCUGGAGAAUCCGAUUGUCGGCGAGUUCUCAACAAGUAGUCCAACACUUCAGCGGAAAUUAGAAGAGUGCUCCGAAAUCCAUCUGUUUGUUCUUGUUGAAGUCAAUCGAGAUGAUUCGUGCUUUUUGGCAUUAAGAGCCGAUCUCAUGAGAGCACUGAGCAGUGUGGUGGGAGACGUUCACGCUGCUGUCUACUGCGAUGAGAGCAAACGUCAUUGUCAGGUUGUGGAGCACUGCUUGCUGCCUGGUAUGGAGGACGGUGAUGAUGAUUACGAUGGUCCUGUGGACUCCUCUGACGAUUUCAAUAGAAACAACUCCCAUGGAGUCGAUUGUGUUGAUGGUCCAACUGAACUUGAACAGCUUCAGCAGUAUCUAAGGGGUGCCAUCUUCAUUGAACAGCCACUUCUGAGCCAGCCUUACUUUAGUAUUCUGAUGCUGAAGGCAAGUGUUCAUUCAGAAGGCUAUGUCCCGGCCCACUUCAGUCUGCAUAGGCCGGCAGCUAAUUCCUUUUCCACCCGUGCUGCUAGCAGUGCCACAAAGAAAGCUUCCACUGAUGCACUGCUCUCCGCAUUGGUGGAGCUUGGCCCGACUGUCUCCGGGUUUGCGGACAUUGACAGGAGCUUACGCCAUGCUCUGUGUGUUGUCGCCGGUAUUGGAAAGGCGGAGGUUCAUGCUGACUCAAGCCAUGGCAAUGCUGAUGCUGUUAGCUUGACAACGCCACCUCAGCUGCAGUCUAGAUGCCCGAUCACCAGUGGUAGCAGUCCGAGAACCGUCUCUAAAAUCCAGAACACAGAAGGCUGGCAAGGUGAUGCCAAAUCCACAGUGCAUCGAAAAGAGUUGAAUAUGGUCAUCCGCCAGCAGAGCUGCACCUCGAUAGGCACCGUCACACCGACUGGAGAGCUGCAGAUUACGACAUCCAUGCUGGAGGAGAAGCUAGCCUCACUGACAGUUUCUCGUGAAAAGGGAGCCACUGUAACGCAUCAGGCUUGUGAAUGGGUGGAAGACUCGGCACAAGUUAUCACGGAGAUGGAGGCAAACACCAUCGCGAGACAUACAAUACCAGCGGUGCUGACUGCUAGGGAUGACGACUCGAGCAGACCUGAGCAUCACGAAGACAUGUCUCAUGUUCCUACCGGGUAUAUGCCCGGCUGUGGCAUGACUGAAAGUGGUGGCGUAGGAGAGCAAGAUGCCUCACUCAAGCCACCUAAAGGGGAUGGAGUAACAGCAGAGGAGAUUGACAACCAGCGGGCUAUAUCUAGUGCCAUUCAACCAGGCUGGUGCUCGCCAAGCCCCUCAGAGCCCUUGCCUCAUGCCAACAAGUCUGCAGAGUUGUAGCAAGUUAUCAAGCAGCUCUCAGCAGAGAUGAACUUCCUGGUGAUUAUUUUCUUGCGCCAUGGCUUCUCAGUUCCAGUGAAGUGAGCAUCCUGUCCUCAUAUGUACAAGUGCUGCACACUAGCUGCACAUAUCAUGCAGGGUUAGUCCCAAAUUCCCAACUGAGACUACGAUGUACAUGUCUGCUGCAUACGUAAAUCUUGAAUUUGAUUUUCAGUCGUGAAUUCCCUUUUGGUUUUCGUAAAAUGUGACCCAAGUAUGCUAUUUUCUUUACUGCAAAGCAAUCCGGUGGAAAUGUUACACACCCUAAUAGUAUGUCCUUUUUCAGUGUAUUAUCGCAUUAUUGUCUCAGAGAAAACUGUUACCCUACUAUUCUGUUAAAUUUGAUGUAAAGAUUAAUAGCGUCGGUUACAAAAGAACUAAUCAGCUGGGGUUGUUUUUUGGUAUGACCUGCUCUAAAUAUGCACAGUUACCUUGGUAGUAGUUGCUCUAAAUAUGCACUAACAGUUACCUUGGUAGUAAUUGGAGAUCAUCAGCUACAUUGUAUAAUGACAUCGUAAACUAUACUGUAUUUUGUGGUAUGGCCAUCCACUUCAAAACAGCAGUAUUCUGGCCGUAAUUCAGAUCAAAAUGAAUGUAUUUCCCUCUUCUGCAGUUCUUUCAAGAUUUUAUUAUAAAUAAAUUUAUAAUUGAAUGAGGUUAUCGUACAUUUUGAGACUACCAACUCCCCACCACUGCAUACCCUCUCCAGCUGACCUCAUUCACUACACCCAUAAAUGGCUGUUUAUAUUCAUGAUUCACAGGAAGCACAAAUCUGCUCAUUCUGAUUGUGAAGGCAGUCCGUCUAUUGUCAUCACAAUCCAGUUUACACGAUCCUGAUGAUGAUAAUUUUGCCGAAUUAUUUUUUAAAAGGACGAUGUUGGGGUGACGACUGCACCUUAGCUUGAUGGUAGAGCAUCGCUUGCCCUAUUAAAGCGAAGUUCUCGUCCUGGUGGUUUCAGUCAUGUUUCCUUUGUUUCAUACUUUUCCUGUUUCAACUCCAUCAAACCUUUGAACAUUGUGAAACACUCGA